AUGGCUGCCUUCACGCCCCUCUUCAUCUAUGGAGCGUGUGCAUUGCUUUUAGCAACUGCACUCUAUGUUUUAAAAGUUUUUAAGCAAUCAUCAGCUUUAAAUUUGCCUCCUGGUCCAUUUCCUCUUCCCAUCAUUGGCAACCUGCAUUUGCUGGACAUCAGAAGGCAAGGCAAGUCACUAAUGAAGAUUUCAGAGAAAUAUGGCCCCGUUUUCACUGUCCACUUGGGGUUUCAGAAGGUGGUGACUGGCUACGAGACCGUAAAGGAUGCUCUUCUGAACACAGGGGAUGUGUUUGCAGACAGACCACCUAUACCCAUAUUCUAUCACAUCCAACAUGGAAAUGGUGUGUUCUUUUCUUUUCAAGAGCUCUGGAAGACAACACGAAAUGGUUUAUUUAAUUUCUGCUCAUUCCUUGGAUUUCUCCUCAAACCUCACAAGAUGAUACUGAAAAAAGUAGGAGAGGUGUGUGUGAUCUUAAAGAAGUGCAUCAAGGAAAGCAAAGAAAGCCUUGAUGAGAACAACCUGAAGAGCUACGUUGAUGCAUUGGUAUUCAAACAAGAGGAGCUGAACAAAAGCAGUACACUUUUUCAUGAUGAGAAUGUAUUGGCCUCUGCGCUCGACCUGCUCAUGGCUGGCACUGAGACGACAUCCACAACGCUGCAAUGAGCCAUCCUGCUGCUGCUGAAGUACCCUGAGAUUCAAAAAAAGGUGCACGCAGAGAUUGAGCGAGUUCGUGGCCCUAGCUGCUUGCCUACCUUUGAGGACUGCAAAAACAUGCCAUUUACCAAUGCAGUGAUCCACGAGGUGCAGAGAUUUGUCACUCUCCUGCCACACGUUCCACGAUGUGCCUUGGUUGACACCCACUUUAAAGGUUAUUUCAUUCCCAAGGGAACAUCAGUGAUUCCUCUGCUCACCUCCGUGCUGCUGGAUAAAACACAAUGGGAGGCGCCAGAUGAAUUCAACCCCAACCACUUCCUUGAUGUGGAUGGGAACUUCAUAAAGAAGAAAGCAUUCCUGCCCUUCUCCACAGGGCAGAGAAACUGCAUUGGAGAACAUCUUGCCAUGACGGAGCUCUUCAUCUUCUUCACAGGCUUGAUGCAGAAAUUCAUUUUUUAGCCUCCCCCCGGAGUCAAAGAGUCUGAGCUGCACACAGCUGCAGAGGCUGGGUUCACCAUGAGACCCCAGCCACAGUGUGUCUGCGCUGUGCUACGCCAAUAA